UUAUGCAAAUGUUAAGGUGUGUUUUGUAACGUGUCUCCUCCUCCUCGUUGCCAAUCACGGAGCUCCAGCUCGCAGCAUCCGCGGCAGUAAUGGCGGCGGAUCCGGUUACAGCUUCGAUCAGCUGCUGAUCAGCUGGAUUCAUUCGGUGUGUCCAAACAGCUGCUGACCGCUGGAACCUUCAUGAGUCCAAACACACUGAUCAUCUGAACCGAGUGCGCAGAUACGGGUCUGGAUCAGAGACUAAAAGCGGAUUAAAGCGCGUUCAUGACGGGAAUCGAAAGCGAUAUUAUCACCAUGGAUCUGUUCGGGUUUCUCAAUCUAAACGAACUCGCUCUCGGACUGUCAAACCUGCCCAUGUUUCCAUACUUUGACAUGGCGCAUUAUAUCGUAUCAGUGAUGAAUCUGAGAGAACAGUCAGGAGCGUUAGAGGUUUCUCAGCGCAGUCCGUUUGCCUGCUGGUUCAGUUCUAUGCUGUAUUGUUUCGGAGGUGCGGUUCUCUCUGCGAUCAUGAUGGCGGACGCACCAGUCUCACCGUUAUCUAACAGCACAAACCUUCUGCUGGCCUCUCUCAUGUGGUAUCUGGUGUUUUAUUGUCCUCUAGAUGUCGUUUACUCAUUGGCAUCCAUCUUUCCCGUGCGUCUGGUUUUGACCAUUAUGAAGGAAGUGACACGUACCUGGAAGGUUUUGGGCGGAGUCACACAGGCAGGCAGGAAGUACAAAGAUGGGCUGUUUGUGAUGAUCGCAGUAGGCUGGGCCAAAGGUGCAGGUGGAGGUCUCAUCAGUAAUUUUGAGCAGUUGGUUCGUGGCGUCUGGAAGCCUGAAACUAAUGAACUGCUGAAGAUGACAUACCCGACUAAGGUGACCCUGCUGGGAGCCGUUGUGUUUUCUCUCCAGCAGUGCCGGUACCUCCCGAUCCAAACGCAUCAUCUGAUCUUCAUCUACACACUCUUCAUCGUCACUAAUAAGACGCGGAUGAUGCUGUUGGGUUCAUCCUCGCAUCCGUUUUCAGUGCUGGAGUCUGCCAUUUACAAAACUCUGUUUGUACGACCUCUGACAUUUUCUCCCCUGGGUGACCCGACCCAAAGCUCAGGUCAGAGCUGCUCCGUUUCUCAGAAUGACAGCAAACCAAAUGGCUCGACAUCCACCAGCACACAGGAUGGAAAACACCAUGACACAAGCGACACGGAUCUAACAGACCCGCAAGAGUCUGCAAAUGCUAAAAAGACCAAAUGAGUCGUGACCAAUGAGAGACUGGAUCAUCUUGUAGCACAAACUCUGAUUUCUGGUGGCACUUUUCUAAACUUUUUCCUGCUGAGAAUGUUUUAAAAUGCCAAAUCCUCUUUUUUUCUGUGUGUGUAGCUCUGAUAUGUACAUAUUUGCUAUUCUGAAAUCAUUCAAAAAAAAAUCUAUUUUCUAUUCUAUAAUUGCAAGAAUAUUUUAUAUUGUUUAUAAAAUGCAUUUAUGAAUGCAAUCACUGGAAUGCUGAAACGUUUUACUGUGAGAUAUUUUGAAUGCUGAAAUAACUGAAUAUAAUUCACUUGCACUUCA